AUGACUAAUUCAAGUCUCAUUGCUAGGUCAAAAGUGAAAGCGAGACACCCGCUCGAAACCAACGAGACAGAGGAAACACUGACAAAGGAAGGUGAAUGCCAGUGUGCUGUGGAAGGUUUGCCAGAAGUCCCAUCAGUGCCACAGCCAACAGCUGCUGCAGAAGCAGCAAAAGAACCUGAAGCUCCAGCAGCUGAAGAGCCAGCAGCAGCAGAGGAGGCUGUAGCUGUACAAGAGCUUCAACCAGCAGAGGGGCCGGAAGCAGCAGAGGAGCCUCUAGUGGUAGAAGCAGCUGAGCCUGUCGUAACUGAAGCAGCUGAGCCUGAAGUAACUGAGGCAGCUGAGCCUGAAGUAACCGAGGCUGCUGAGCCUGAAGUAACGGAAGCAGCUGAGCCUGAAGUAACUGAAGCAGCGGAGCCUGUAGUAACUGAGGCAGCAGAAGGGGCUGCUGAAGAGGCUGCUGAAGCACCAGCAGAAGCAGCUCAAGUAUCUGAAGAAGCACCAGCGCCAGAGGAAGGAGGAGCACCAGGUGUCUGCAUAUGUCCAGAAGAAGUACCAGAACCAAAAGAGGAACCAGUUUGCAAGUGUGCUUCUGCAGUAGGAGUAGCUGCACCAUCACCACCACCACCAGGUGAAGCUGCACCACCUCCAGCAGGCGAAGCUGCACCUCCAGCAGCCGAAGCUGCACCACCAAAAGCUGAACCAACAGCAAAAGUUGACACAGUGGAUUAUGGUCCACGAGUUGAUCAUAUAACAGAUUGUGAUACAGAAUUUGAUGAAUUCCAAGACGUUCCUGAAGCUGUAAAGAAAGCUAUAGCAGAAGAAGAAGCAGCAUUGUACGCUAAGGCAUUCCCGCCAGUUAUGCCAGUGAUCACCCGUCCUCCUCCAGCUGCUCCUACAGAGGCUCCAGCAGAAGCACCUGCAGCUGAAGCACCCACAGCGGCAGCAGAACCAGCUGCAGCUGCUGAGCCUGGUGCAGCUGAGGCAGCUGCACCUGAAGCACCAACAGCACCACCUGAAGAAGGUGCACCUGAAGCAGCUGCACCUGAAGCAGCUGCACCUGAAGCAGCUGCACCUGAAGCAGCUGCAGUGGCAGCAGCACCAGCUGCAGCUGCUGGUGAUCAGUCUGCACUGGAUCAGUUAAUCGAAAUGACUAAAGCUCUUCAAGCAGCAUUUGAGCACAUAAGGUGUGGACAGCACUUCACACAUAUUAUAUUCCCAGAAGUUGCACAUUUGAUAGUUGGAUCAGCUGUCUCUAUGAUUCCUCUUGGAAAAUUCACUUAUGGUGACUUCCUACAGAAUGAGCUAUUGUUGUCUUUGGAAGCAUUUGCAUUAACCACAACAGUAAACAUGUUUUAUAAGCAUGAUGGAGUUUUUAUACGAUCUUCUUGUUUACUCGUGUCAACUAAAUGUAAUGUCCCAGACCAAUUGGAGAAUUUGCAUGAAUUUCUGAAAAUUAUUGUUCAUUUUUCUACUGGAUUGAUUGUUAUCCUAUUCUGA